AUGCCGUGGCGGAGAAGUGGCUCGGCGGUCCUGCUGCUGCUGUCGGGCAGAGCCAUCGGACGGGCCAAGGCCAGUGGAUAUGGGAGGCAGAGAGGAGGUAGAGGUGAGCACGCUCAGGUCCAACAUGCAGUCUCCACGCAGCAGGCUGAGCCGUUUCAGGCUCCGUCCUUCCCUGAGCCCCCUGGGAGGCAAACGCAAGAAGUCGUCCUACAAGAAAAAAUCCAGCAGCACCCUGACAAACUGUGCCUGGACUCCUUCUGGAGUGAGGUGGAGACCAUCCGACAGGGGAGUGGCUACUCAGACCUUGACUGCAGCAGGAGAGACUCCAAACAAUCAGAAGAAGGUGAACAGGAGGAGCAGUGGUUGGCUGACGCCGGUCUGUCGACGCUCAUCAGUGAGGAAGCUGAAGAUGUAGACAACGCGGUGCUGCUGUCCACUCUGACUCGGACCCAGGCCGAGGCCGUCCAGCGCCGAAUAGACUCGUACACGUUGUCCCUGCGCAAGAGGAACAAAUCAGCUCCCCGAGACGUCCGCGACGUCUUCAACUCGCCCAUCUCUCAGACACUUCUCCCCGAGUCUGAGCACAGUGAAGCACAAAACAGCAUGGCUUCAGUUGCCAAAUCGCCACUGUCAGGUGUGACGCCAGAGCAUCAGAAAGGUGCUCCAAAAGAGGAAUUCUUCAUCACUGACGUGGCUUACUGCGAACAGGCCGUCAUCUUCCUCAAACAGGCCAAACUGCCGCAGAACAACAGCCAGCGCAGGAAAGAAGAUGGCACCCUGCCUCGGGUGAUUUGCCCCAAGUGCCGCUUGGGAGUGACUCAUAUCCAAGAUCUCUCCUACGCUGACAUGAAGAAGGUGCGUCAGCUGGCUCUCAUCGACAUGACAGCGCUGUGUGACCUCUUGGAGCUCGAGGUCAAAAGGCACAAAACCGGCAAGAGGAAAAUCCCAGAGAGCCCUCUCUUUGGCGUGCAUCUGGCCACACUGCUGGAGAACGACCAGAAACUGAAGCCCAACACACCAACUCCACUCUUCCUGCAGGCGUUGUUAUCAUUUUUGGAAAAGAAAGGAGUUGACUCAGAAGGGAUUCUGCGGGUUCCAGGGUCCCAGUCGAGAAUCAAGCUGCUGCAGCAGAACCUGGAGGCAAACUUCUACUCGGGUCAGGUCAACUUGGAGGAAGUGAGUCCAAACGACGCCGCCGCACUUCUGAAGAAGUUCAUCCGAGAGCUUCCCGCUCCUCUGCUCACAGCCGAGUACCUCAACACCUUCAGCGCUGUCAGAGACAUCACAGACCUGAAGCAGAAACUUCACAUGUUGAACCUGCUCAUUCUGCUGCUGCCUGAGCCCAACAGAAACACACUGAAGGUUCUCCUCGAGUUCCUCAGUAAGGUGGUUUCCAGAGAGAAGAGGAACAGGAUGAAUCUGUGGGCCGUAGCGACCAUCAUGGCUCCUAACCUCUUCCUCCAUAAGGCUGUACCCAGUCGUCUGACUGAGGGAGCAGAGAAAGGACAGGCGGAGAAGGCAGCUGAUGUGAUGAGGCUCCUCAUCCGCUACCAGGACCUUCUUUGGACGAUCCCCAAUUUUCUCAUGAGCCAGGUGCGCAAGCUGAAUGAGAACAGUAACCGACGUUACCAGUUCUACGAUCGCCGCAUCAAGAACCUGCUCAGGAAGAUCCACACAGAUAACCGGGAGAAACCUGGGAAAAACACCUCAGAGCUUUGCCGCACGGUGAAGGUCCACGUCGGAGAUCUGGUGAGCAGCACCAUGGAGUUUCAGCUCAACAUCAACUCACGAACCUCAGACCUGCUCGCCCAGUUUCACCGCCAGUUCGUCCACAGUCCCGAAAAUAGGAAAGGCAAAAUGCGAAGAAACGGCUCGGUGGCGUCUCCAGACUGUGGCCUUUACGAAGUCGGAGGGAAUAUCGGCGAACACUGUCUGGAUCCCGACACACACCUGCUGGACUUGUACAACAGUAACCCAGGAGGGGAAUGGGUCAUCAAACUGAAACCCAACGCCAGCAGAGCACUGUGAUCAAAGUGAUGGACGGACAAAUCUGUAAAAAAAAAAAAAAAAGAUGAAAUCCACGCAGCCUCCUGUUCAACUUUGGAACAACAUGGCAGAGGGAGACAGAUGGAGGACUCAGACACAGAAAGCACCACUUUCUGCGAUCAGGUGGAUGAAGAUGGUGCAAUUUCUUUUUUCUUCUCCAUCAUUUCUUUACGGGGGGGCCUUGACUCUGGAAGCUGGGAGCUGCGGACGUGACUCAUUAUUUCCGACAGAGAACCUGCUGCGUGGAGAAGUGAAGAGAAGCGGAGCAGCUGCACAGUUGCUUUGCAGCCUUUCCUCUCAAAAUCGUCAUGUUCAACCAUUAGAGAGCAGAUGGGAUGCAGAGCACCUCUGGCUUCUCUUUUCACAGGCCAGUCACACAGUGAGUUUUUCUACCCGUGAGUGUUUUUAAAAAAGCAGAGGGGAAAAAAAGAAACGCAGGGGGAGAUUUUCUGUCUAUGUUCUUUGCGCAAUCAAAUAUCCUUUUAAUUCAUUUUAAAACAUUACUUUCUGGUAUAUGAAAGAAAACAGCAUUUAUUUUGUCAUCGGCAAAGUUGAGGACGUUUUCUGAGUUCAAGAAAUAGUCAAACAGUUGAAAUCAGACUAUUUAAACUUCUAGAGAAAACUAUACAUCCUCAUGACUAAAUACGAGGAUGUAUAGUCGCCACUGUUACGUGUUCGGUCCUCAGCGUUUCACAGCAUUCUUCAAUUCUAAUCCUCUACUCUACUAAAAUGUGUUCCCACUUUAGAUAGUAAAGAGAUCAGCUUCAUGUAGAAAGCUAUCUUAAAAAACACUGACUAUUAAUAGAUGCCAGAAAAACCUUGAGUAUUGCAAAUUUUCACUGUGAAAACAUACACGGCAAGAAUACAAAAUAAAAAUAAAACCUAUAGAGGAACUGGAGCUCAGCAGGAACUUCAGCUCUUGAUAAACACACACAAUUACUGAGCGAUCAAUUGACUAAUUAAGUGAUUGAUCUGUAUUACUGUGUCUGUUUUGCGGCUCAGACAUUUUGAUCCACGUGAACAAAGACAGAGGGUUUCUCUGCAUCGGCUCCUUUCUUCGCCUGUGCCUUUCAGGUUGGGGAAAGAGAGCCUGGUGACCCGGGUUCCCCCCUUUAUCUGUGAAACCAUGUGGUCUCCUGGGCCUUAUAAAAAUCCAUGGACUUCCAAGGACCUUUGGCCUGAACAGAACAGUACUGAAAGAGACUCUUUUCCUUUGACACAGGGACGAGUUUGGUGUCACAACCUCAACGACGGUAAUUGUUUGUGUAAAAAAAAAAAAAAGGGAGUCGUUAAGGACACAUUGAAGCUGGUCUUCAGUUGAAUGGAGCCGAAAGUGCGGGGUAAACUGGGAUUAUUAUUAUUAUUAUUAUUAUUUAUAUGAUAUGAAUGUAAUGCCAUUCUUUCUUCUGCAUCUAAAAAGUGUUCCGUAGGCUCGAGAGCAUUUAGGAUUACAUGGACUUGCUGCACUCAGUGUCACAGUAUGUUGUGUGUAAGUUUCCCCAUCCUCAGUGUGGGAAUUGACAGUGUUCUUGUACAUAAUUAUUCGUUUUUUGAUGUAUCACUUUACCUGGACAGUACAAGUAGGAGGAAUUUCCCCGUGUAUAUACUGUAUAUCUCUAGUUUGCUGUAAAGAAGCACUACAACCGCCGCAGUAGAACACUGUGUUGUGAUCGUGUCACGACUCAAAGCCAAUAAGUUAUUCCAGACACAUUGCGAGCAGCAAGUGAACGUGUCGCACAUUUUGUAUCAAUCACCGCAGAAUGUGAAUCGUCUCGCUCUCCCGGCCUGACGGAGCCAUGUUGGUGCUCCGCGGCCAUUUUGUGGAAGUGCCUCUCACACUCCACUCGAUAGACAGAGUAAUGACAGGCGGCCCACCACCACCACCACCACCAACAUCUAUCACCCCCCCCCCCAGCUCCAUCUUUGUCACCUCCCCAUAAUGGACCAUAAUGGAGCGGCGCAGUGCAUGCAUGAGAAAGGUGCAGGAGAAUCACAUUUCUUUGAUAAAGAAGCAGGUAAUAAAUGGUUUGUCAUAAAUUCUGCUGCCCUGGACCUGACAACAGCAUCGCAGGAGCGUGUCUGCAUGCAUACGUGUGUGUGUGUGUGUGUGUGUGUGAUGAUGAGCUUCAUUACACAAGUCCAAUUGGCCCGUCGCAUGGAUGCGGGCACAGUUCAGUGCCUCGGCACAAAGCGAGCUGAUGAAACUGCCUUCUGCUGACAAUCAGGAGAACUAGGUCACCUCUGCAGCAGCAUCCCAGAGGGCAAGCAGUGUGUGUGUGUGUGUGUGUGUGUGUGUGUGUGUGUGUCCAUGUGGCCCGAGGAGCUGAGCACAUGGACGUAUAUACUGUCUCAACACACAUGACACACACGUGGACAAACCUAAAAAAAGAGGGAGGCAAAAGUUCACACGCUGCAGUUUAAAAAUCCCCUCAUGGGUAAAUAUGUCUGGAGCUGAGCUUCUGACUCAGUGUCCAAUUUUGUUCUUGUGACAAAGGUUUUUAGGCAUGAGUGUGCUGACGUCAGAAUGUAUUUCAGCCCUUUACGCAAGUCAUUGUUUUUACUACUUCUGUGAAAAAUACUUUGCUGUAGAGAGAGAAAAAAAAUGUUCUUUUUUUAAAUGUCAAUAAAUGUGAAUCUCAUGUUGUGCUAAA